UAUGAGACUGAGGUCGAUCACAGACAUUGAGCUCAGACGAAGCACAGAAAACAUCCCAUUGGUCUCCUUCAUGUCAGGCCACAGUCUGCCAGAAAGUUGGGCAUCGAGCAGCAGAAAUGACAGUGACAUAUUCACGCAGAGUUGCUGAUGCAGGUCUGGGGACCUUCUUUAAUCUGCUCCUGCGAUGGAAGGGCAGCAUCUACAAACUGCUCUACAGAGAGCUCAUCAUCUUCACUCUGCUCUACUACUUCUUCAGUAUUGUUUACAGAUUUGUGUUAAACAACGAUCAGAAGAGGCUGUUUGAGAAGCUGUCAAUAUACUGUGACCGCUAUGCAGAGCUCAUCCCAGUGUCGUUUGUGUUGGGUUUCUAUGUGACCUUGGUGGUGUCCCGUUGGUGGGGACAGUUUGAGAAUGUACCCUGGCCAGACCGUUUGGCGGCAUUAGUAGGAGGUCAUGUUCGUGGUGCUGACGAGGCCUCCAGACUGACCCGUCGAACGUUGAUGCGCUACGCUAACCUCUCUGGUGUUCUCAUCUACCGCUCUGUCAGCACAGCCGUCUACAAGAGGUUCCCCACCAUGGAGCAUCUGGUGCAAGCAGGUCUGAUGACAUCUGAGGAGCUGAGACACCUGGAGGAUCUGCCAUCUCCACAUAACAAGUUCUGGGUGCCCUGCAUGUGGUUUGUCAGCCUGGCUCUGAGAGCACGGACUGAGGGUCGCAUCAACAACGACGUGGCACUCACAGCAAUCCUCACUGAGUUGAAUAGUUUACGGGCAAAGUGUAUGAAGCUGUACGGUUACGACUGGAUCAGCCUGCCUCUUGUCUAUACUCAGGUGGCGACGGUAGCAGUCUACAGCUUCUUCCUGGCCUGUCUGAUUGGUCGUCAGUUCUUGGAUCCAGCUCAGGGUUACACCGGUCAUGAUCUGGACUUCUACCUCCCUGUUUUUACCCUGCUGCAGUUUUUCUUCUAUGUUGGUUGGCUGAAGGUGGCUGAGCAACUCAUAAAUCCUUUUGGUGAAGACGACGAUGACUUUGAAACUAACUGGCUCGUUGAUCGCAAUUUGCAGGUGUCCUUGUUGUCUGUGGAUGAGAUGUACGACAACCUGCCGCUGGUUGAGAGGGACAUGUACUGGAAUGAAUCUGAACCGCAGCCUCCCUACACUACUGCCAGCGCUGAACAUCGCAAACCCUCCUUCAUGGGCUCAGCGCUGGAUAUCAGUGUUCCUAAAGAGGAGAUGGAGUUUCAGUCCAAUCUGGAGCAGAUCAAAGAAAAUGAGGAAGCCAACUACUCCACGCCGCUGCUUGGAGGACUGGGUCGUCUUCUUGGUGUCCAGUCCCCAAACUUCCCUCGUUCCUCCCGGGUGUCUCUGCUGCGCCGCCGCCCAGGAGCUCCACUAAGUCGCUUCCCUCUUUACCUGCACCCAGAGGCGCCACUGACUCCAAGUCAAGGCCGCCACCCUUCGAACCAGGAGCGAGAUCCAGACUACGCCUUCUCCACUUUGCCUUUAUAUGAGAGACCAGGCUUCUACAGCUGCCCUCAAACACCCAUCCACUGUGUGCCUCCUGCGGUGCCCCGACCUCGACCCGCCCGGAGAACCCAGAAUGAGUGGGAUCGCAGCUGCAGUUCCCUGGCUCCUCCGCUGGUGGGCUCACAGUUUCUUCCUCCUGACACACCUAACCACAUCCCCCCGCCGCCGUCCUCUGCUUUCCCAUGGCUGAGUGAGGAUGGUGAGAUGCAGAGUACCCCUACUUUCUCCUUUCCUGACCCUCCGCCCGAACUUUGUCCGAUAUCUAAACUCAGACCGGGACACGGCCUGCUGUCUCGUCGCCCUCCCCCUCCUCGCCUCACUCUGGACACCCUCCCAUCAGGAGACAGCCAGCCUGGACCCCCAAGUGCUCGGGCGGCAGGAGGUGGAGGAGAAAGGGUGUUCUCGUUCAGUCCUCCCUCUCGCACGGCGCCAGCAAAUCCCAGUAAUCCCAACAGCAGCUCUAGCAGCAUUAAUGCAACAAGCACCAACAACGCUGGCACGACGGGAAGUCUCUGCAACGGUACAGGUCACGGUAAUUUCAGUAACCAUGGGAACUUCAGCGCCAACAUGAAGGCGAGCAAUGGGGGCACCAACGGCGGGCUGAGCAAUAACAUGAACACUGUUUCCACUUCAGGACCAUCGCAGCAAGAAACCAAUCAGCAAAACUCACCCAAUGAUUCAGGGAUCUCAUUGGCUGAAGGGGACCUGCUGGGCGUUCUGGUGGACGGUGGGGCGAACAAGGCAGCCGGAGGGAGGGAGCAGGACUGAGAAAACAAGGUGUGACACACUGUUUUUUGUUUUUUUUUUGUGUGUGGUAUUCAACAUGCUUCACACCAACAGGUACUGAACUGUGUCACUUUAGAAAUGCUUUACAGCCAUCUGGAGCCUGCCUCAAGACAGAGUUAUUCUCUCCUUCCUGAUGAACUCUCACAGAAGAAUUAACCUACUUGUAAUGCAAAAAGCACCUUAAGAGAUUUAACCGUCAACAUAUAAAGGAGGAAUAAGAAAUACUUUCCGGUUUCCUCUGAAACUCAGCCACAAGAGGCCAAAAUGUGUAUAUUCUUAACCUCUGGUAGUCUUAGCAUCGUUUCUAUCAGUGUACUCUUUAAGAAAGAUUACUUGACACAUGUUAUGGUUCUUUGUCAUUAAAAUAAAAUUGAAAGUAAGCAAUAAAUAAAUAAAAAUCAUUAAAAAUCACAUUGUUUUAAGCAAUACAUAGUGUAACAAGAAUGUCCUGGAGGGGUUUGUGGCUGUGGUCCCAUUUUUUGGAAUAUGACUCCUUAAAGGGGGAGUAAGCCAUUCCUGAGAGUUUGGGAUAUUUCAACUCAGCCUUCAGUGUCCUCACCCCCAAAUUCAAUAAUACUAAGAACCGGGCUUGCUGACGAAAAAAGUAGCAUUCAGGCCUUACAAGUGUGGAAAUGAACGUCUCUUUCUCACCACUGGAGCAGAACAUGAAUUGAGUAAAAACUAGUGGGAUGUUGACGUUGUUUUUACCGGCGAGUAGAACCAUAGAGGCAGCUGCAGACACCAUCUUCAGAUCAGCCAGACGGACAAUGUGAGUCUCGGUCUGUGUCCAUGAGCAAAGAAGCAGAGCCUGGUGGUGUUGAAAAGUUGCUUUAUGGUCGUGAUUUCUCUUUGGAAACAGCAAGGAGAGAAGCGGUUAGGUUAGCUAGCCACUUUGCUUUUUUCCCUUUCACAGAGCCAGAGCUGUGUAUGGACACCACAGGAUGUUUCAACACACAGACAGAAAGGACACCUAACAGACUGAGAAAAGAUAUUCACUAAAUUUGACAUUAAGUGUACUGGAUUAGAAUGACUCACUCCACCAUUAAAACGCGUGACUGAAAAAACUUCUACUUCCCUCAUCACAGGUUAU